CUGACUCGAGCUGCGAAGAAUUCCCAAUCACAACAAAAUUGACAUGGUUGACGCCGAGUAAACGGGUUUGCGACAAUCGAUUCGACUUGAAUAUCAUUCGCCGGUCCGGACGUGGACAAUAUAUAAUGACACAAAUUCAAUCGCGAAGCAUGCCUUCCCCAGGCCUAAGUCCUAAUUUAGUAGUGGCAAUCUCUACAGGUUUUGGGGUGGUUAUGCUAGCACUCAUCAUCGGCCUCGUGUGUCUGUUGAUACGAUCUGUGCGAAAGCAUAAACGUCUCCUGGCAGACCUGGAACAAAGAGGCGUCAUGCUGGCGCGAUCACAAGAAGACGCGAAAACUGUUGCCAUAAUGAGACCGCGUACAGUUUUGAAAAAGAGCAGAAUCCUACCUUUCAACUUGAAGACAGGCUGGGGCGCGCUUCCAUCGGUUGAAACCGUGAACGAUAUCAACACACCCAGACAGUCAAUAUCUGCUCCUUCUUAUUACGCGCCACCGAAACCAGCGGGAUUCGUGGAGAAGCCGAAGAGAUUAUCCUGGCCUUUUUCUGCUAGGAAGCCAUCGGGUAGAGCGAUACGGAUGCGCAAACUUCGCGUUCCAGCGCUUUCGACAGUGAUUGAGAGCCCGAAGCCGUCGCCGCUGGUUCCCGUGCUUAGCGGACCGCACGAUCACGAUUCCACCUCUCCGAAACAGAGUCAUAUGCGAAGUACCUCUGAUCAAUCGCUGUUACAGCACCACCCAGUUUUUCGCAACGAUGCGCAGCCGCUGCAAGUCGAUGUCAUCCAAGCGGAGCCCCUACGUCGAAGCAUGACUGUUCGACCCGUCACAAAACCAGAAGUUACGACGCGCACAAACAGAUCGAACUCGAUUGCUGAUAUUCCUGUGAGGGAUAAGAACGUAGCGAUACCUCGCCUUCCGCGACCACAGAUUCAUGCUCGAACAGUGAGCAUGUGUAGCCAAGGAUCUGGCAACGCGCCUGAAGGUGGAUUGCCCCCGCCUCCCCUACAAGUCGCACGCGUCAAAGCCGAAGACCGAAGACGCAGCCUACUGAGCCGUAGUCCAACGCGUCUGUCAAUUUCGAGCUUCGAGUCGGCCGAUACCUCGAUCCUGACACAGUCCAGUCCAAUUAUACGAAACACGCAUGCUGUUGCGAACAAAGUGACAAAACGAGAUCCGAGAAACAUUGGGAUUGCAACCCCCAGAUCUGUGCGUAACAAAACAGUGACUGUUCAUAAGACGAAUCAUGCCCUUCACAACUCCAUCCAGAGUAGUAUCGCGAGAUUUAGUUCAGCGACUUCCUCGACGCAGCCUGAAAACCAACAUCCAGAGUUCCGCCAUUCGCUGCACUCGGUGUCGCCCAGCAGUCAGAACCUAGAGAGAACUGGCUCGUUUGCUGCGCGAAGCCUCAGAACACCCAAACGCAAGUCGGCCACGUUUGUGACGCCUUAUGGUUCUCCCGAAGACCGGCGAAAAAGAUCCUCUAUUUUACAGCGCGUCUCUGGAAACCAGGGUAUUCCCGCUCGCCAGCUCUCGCAGGCUUCUACCCAAGCAACAUCAACACGAAGCAGCAAUGGUGAUCCUUUCCAGUGGGAUCCCACUCCUAUGUCGACUGGAAAACCUUCAAACUUGAAAGGGAGUCCUCUCGCUCGAAAGGGUCAUCGGCGACAACCCUGUGUUCGGAUUGUUGUAGAACCAACCGUAUUAGGUCCACGCAGUAGAUCAUCAAGUCCAGCGAUUAUGAAGGGUAUCCAAGAAGAGUCAUCUCCCAUUACCACACCUGCUGAAGUCAAACUGGACAUUGGAUUGGGAUUUACCAACAGGCGAUCACUUCCACAGCCACCCAGCACUUCAAUUUUUGCGCCCGAUAUCAAGCUUGGAACUACGUCGAUUCGCGCGUCACUGACACCUAGUUCGCCCACUUUGUCAAUGGCAAACUAUGACCACGGUCCCAUUGGAUCACCUGUCCUCAGUCGAAAAGUGAACUCAGUCUCCAAUAACUCUUCAAACCGCACGAGCAUAGGUCCAGAGGUCUACAUCCCCGCGUUCUCCAAUCCAUACGACAACGAAUCGAAUGUUCCAGACUUUGCAAACGCCCCACCAACUUUCGCAUUGGCACGCGCACCAUCCGAAGAAGUAUUGGAUAUCGAUACCGUCGCGGGAGCAUCUUCACCAUUCGAGAUGCUCUUCGAGAUUGACUCCUCGCCCACCAGAGCCAUAUCAAUCGAGGAGUACGAUCCGGAACACCCCCAACUCACUCUACACACACCAACUCGCAGCAAUUCCAAACAGACACGAACAUUCUCCUCACCCUUCUCUGUCAUUAUAGAGGAAACGCCAACACAGCAAUCGAAGGACAGCGACACUACCAACCACGCCAUUGACUCACCACCGUGCUCUCCGAAAACGAUCCCGGCGUCAACACUGGAAAGCAAAGCGGCACGAGACCGAUGUUCGGCUUUUGAUCUACCUAUCCGACAAACCGCUAUUCUCGAAGACUCCGAGGCCAUUGAUCCAGCAUUAUUGAGCAAUGAAGCAUUUCAUAGUCUAAACAGUCCUUUUGAUUACAAGACCUCUCCUUCCUUCUCAGCAUGGGGCCACAACAGCAAACCCGAGGCUCGUAUUCCAAAUAGUUCAGAAAGCGCAAAAGCCUUGAUGGAGCCGCUUCUCAAUGCUGCCUUCCCCUCCAGUCCCCCCAUGCUGUCUCUGCCUACCUCACCAUCUUCCAACGCCGUGCCAAGUCUUCUUCCUCGAGCGCCGGCGUCUCCAAGGCCAAGUCAUGCUGGACUCCCUCACUCUCCACCAUACUCGAGUAUUGCGGAAUCUUCUGCGCCCGCAUUGGAUUUUACCAACAUGCCCACCCUUACACCAGGGCUCAAUGGCCCCCGUGUUUUGCCAGCGCGGCCUCUUCGUUCGAGUAUUCAAGAGCUACGGCGCAUGAACUCGGACGCAGAGAAGGGAAAUGGGCGUGAAGAAAGGCGCUAUCGGAGAUUGUGUCGGGAAGAUAGUAUCGGUUUGCCUGGGGAAGAAAGCUUCAUGGACGGUUUAGACGAGGAAACCGAGACGUGGUCCAACGCAGAUCAUACCGAAUUCGACGCCGAAGAUUACGAGAAAGAAGAAGACGAAGAAGAGGGAUCAACAUGGAACGAGGAAAAAGAACGUAAGCUUGUCGGCGACCUCCUCAGCUCCGACUGGGAAGAAGCACCGGAAAUGGAACAAGCUAGCCAUCGACAUUCUCCCCCUGCAAAAAACAAUGCAGAAGACGAUGAUAUCGAUUUCACAAUCAUUUCAAUACAGGAUCACACCUCCAAGAGCCCAGCUCUCACUUCUUCCCCAGCGUCUACGGUGUACCCAUCAUCCCCAUCAGCAUCGAUCCUCGCCACCACCAUGCCGGCAAAGCCCACCAACCCAAUAGACCGCAGCUCCUCGAUCUGGGAAGACGGCGAGAAGUUCUGGACUUCUACGCCACCUUUCCACCAAGCCGCGCAAAAACCGCUGUCUAGCACUUCGCCCACGCAUAUCGCUAAGGAAACUAAAUCCCAUCCACCUCCUCCACCGCGUCUUUUCUAUCUAUCAUCCCCAUCGUCACCGCCCAGACCUAACAAGCUCAAUCAAAACAACCCUCCCUCAGUAGCACCUACAGCACAAUCUGCGGGAAGCAGCAAGAAACGUAGUUUUCCCACCACAACACACUCUUCUUCCCCUGCACCUCCACCUCCUAGUCAUCCUACAAGCCCCACUGCAACCUCAUUCCACCCCUCCAAAUGCCCUCUCAACUCCCAACAAAACGUACCACACCUCAUCCACGAUUCCAACACCACUAUCGAAGCACUGUCGACGACAACGCCGACUAGCGACGCUGGCACGAACAGAAAUAGCCAAAGUCGCUACCGUAACAGGGGCAGCAGUAGCAAGAAAAGAGGGAGUAUGAGUGUUCCGUUGAGUGUUGUGGAUACGCCGAACGGGAGGAGUAUACAGGUCUUUCCGCCGGGCAGUGCGGGGACUGUGGGGACUGUGGGGAGUUUGUAUGAUGCUGGAGGGUUUUUGAGGGAGUGA